AUGCUUAGCGAUUCAACUAUCCACGCCGUUGCAGGCGCCGCAGGUGGCAUCCUAGCCAUGUCGGCGACAUACCCGCUCAUAUUCCUAUCCACACGAGCUGCAGUGGAGACGAAGGAGCAUAAGUCGACAUACGAAGCUAUCUUGGAUAUUAUCAGACGGGAAGGUUUUUUUGGGCUAUACAGUGGCCUGAAUUCUAGCUUACUUGGAAUUGCUGUCACCAACGGGGUAUACUACUACUUCUAUGAACGAUCACGAGGGGCGAUAGUAGGCUCCAUGAGGGGCGGAAAAGGAAUGACCACGGUUGAAUCUAUGCUAGCUGGUUUGAUUGCCGGGUCAGCGACCACAAUUAUCAGCAACCCCAUCUGGGUGGUCCAGACGUCCCAGGCCGUUGGUUCGCUUCACAGGUCUCCAGCUGCUGAUUCGAGCGGCUCUCGAGUGAAGCUGGGCAUCAUCGAGACCAUUCAGCACAUUCUCCGCAAAGAUGGCAUUGGAGCCUUCUGGCGUGGCAUUGGACCCGCCUUGGUGCUUGUAAUCAACCCUGUAUUGCAAUAUACAGUCUUUGAGCAGCUGAAGAAUAUUUUGGUGAGGCGGCGAACCGCUCAAUUACGAGCAGUAGGUCCGGCAGCGGCUGUCGUCGCGGUGCUCACAGACUGGGACUAUUUCUUCCUCGGCGCUCUAUCAAAGCUUGUUGCUACCUCGUCGACAUAUCCAUACAUCGUCAUCAAGAGCAGGCUGCACGCAGGGCAUGCAAAUGCUCUCAAGUACAAAUCCUCGCUAGAUGGGCUACUUACCAUAGUCAAAGAGGAGGGUGUUGAAGGUUUAUACAGGGGCGUUGCAAGCAAAUUGCUUCAGAGCGUCUUGACUGCUGCUUUUCUGUUCAUGUGCCAAAGGCGCUUGUACGAAAUCACAAAACAAGCAGUCAAGCCUGUAUUUUCUCGUUAG